AUGGGGUCCUUGAGUCUGCCCCGGAGCCAGUCCGCGAUCGUCGGCGUCAAGGCCUCGGCGGACUCGGACUCGGUCAAAAACAGCCUGGGCACCGGCAUCGCCCUGCCGGCCCUCGAGGACGACAUGUUCAUGAUCAAGAACGUGGCCGUCGGGCUCAACCACGUCGACAACAAGAUGGGCGCCAGCCCCGGCGCCAUCGCCGGCAUGGACUUUGCCGGCCACGUCGUCGCCAAAGGCCGGCUCGCCCGCGGGGCCGCCGCCGUGCCGAUCGAGGUGGGCGACCGCGUCGCCGGCGUCGUGCUCGGCAUGCACCCGACCAGCCCCCUCGUCGGCGCCUUCGCCCAAUACACGGGCGCCUCGGAAGGCGGCGUGCUGCGCCUGCCCGACCACAUGUCGAUGGAGCAGGGCGCCUCGCUCGCCAGCGGCCUGGGCACCGUUGGCCUCGCCCUGUUCCACUCGCUCCAGAUCCCCGGCUACCCGCUGGAGCCGCCGCCGCAGCCGCAGCCGGCGGCCGGCGCCCAGGAGAGGCGGCUACCUCCCAGGCACGUGCUGAUCUACGGCGGCAGCUCGGCCGUCGGCACGCUCGCCAUCCAAGUGGUCAAGCUGUCCGGGCUCGUGCCCAUCACGACGUGCUCGCCGGCCAACUUCGACCUGGUCGCGUCGUACGGGGCCGAGCGCGCCUUUGACUACCGCUCGCCGACGUGCGCGGCCGACGUGCGGGCGCACACGCGCAACUCGCUCCGGUACGCGCUCGACUGCAUCUCGGAGCCCGAGACGAUGGAGCUCUGCUACAGCUGCCUCGGGCGGCUGGGCGGGCGGUACACGGCGCUGGAGCCGUGGAUGCGCGGGCUCGAGCGGGCGCGCGGCAACGUCUGGCCGGACUGGGUGCUGGGCCCCAUGAUGAUCGGCAAGCCCAUCUCGUGGCGCCCGCCCUUCGACAAGGCCGUCGACCCGGCCGUGAAGGAGCUCGGCGCCCGCUUCUUCCGCACCGCCCAGGAGCUGCUGGACCGGGGCCUGCUCAAGGCGCACCCCCUCCACGUCUUGCGGGGCGGCCUGCCGAGCGUGGUCGAGGGCCUUGAGCUGCUCCGGUCCAAGAAGAUGUCGGGUAAAAAGAUAAUAUGUCUCGUCGAAUAG